CAACAGUCCAAAUCGAUUCGCACAACCCACACCCUCCACUUCGAUACCUCCCGUGCCAUCUCUUCCGCCGAUUCUACAGGAUCUCCAAAUAAACGCGACUCGAAUUUUCCCGGCGGCAACCCCGAAAAUCAGCCUCAAUGGCGGACGAAGAGUCUUCUCAGCCGUCGCACGUCCCGGCGUGGAAGAAACUAGGCUUGAAGCUCAAAUACGCAAAGGAUCCAUUAGAAGAAAAGGCCCAGGGAAAAUCCGGCGAAGAGGAAGUUGAUACGUCGUCCUCGAAGAAAAAGAAACGCGACGGCAACGCCGAAAAAGACGGCAAGAAGUCGCGCAAGAACAAGAAACGACGACACGAUGAGGAUAAUGAGGAGCGGGAGGGGAAGGAUAGACGUGAGCCUGACGCACAGGACGAAGAGUCUCCCAAAAAAAAGAAGAAGAAGACGGUGUCUUUCUCGACCGAGGUGAAGGAGAAGGAGAUACCUAGUCGCGAUUCGCAGGAGGAUGUAGAUGGUGAUGCCGAGGCUGACGCUGAGGAUGAAGGGAAGAAGCAGAAGAAAAAGAAAGAGAAGAAGAAGAAGAGGAGUAAGGAGUACUCGACAGCCGGAGACUCAGCGAAUGAUGCGUCUUCGAAAAUCUAUGAAGCUCCGAUUCUUUCCUAUCUGAAUCUGUACUACAAACAUCGGUCGGCGUGGAAGUUUCAGAAGAACCGUGAAACACAACUUUUCAAGCACGUUCUCUCGCUGGAGCAGGUGCCGACUGCAUACAAUGCCGCUCUUCUGGUUUACCUCCAGGGGUUGAAGAGUGAGGGUGCUAAGCAGAGGCUGCGUGAGAUCGCUGAGGAAGCUGUGAAAGCAGAGAUUGAGGAGGUUUCGUCUGUUGAUAAGGAGGACAGUGCCGCGGACGAAUCCAAAGAACCCUCACCGGAAAAGGCGAGUUACGACACCGCUGUUGGCGCUUUUAGGGGGUGUUUGCACCACGGUAAACAUGAUGAGUUGGAUACCACUGGAUCUACCGAUCAUUUGGAAGGCGAUGUGUUGAAGAAGCUGGAGAGUAGGAUGCGAGCGGAGCUCGUUUUGUUCGCUGUCAAUGGCUCGUUGUUCAACUACCAGAAGCCAAAGCCUCCUGCACAGAAAGGGAAGGGUGCGAACAACCAGACAAACAAGAAAAAGAAGAAGAAUAGAACUGCCAUUAUCGAAAUAUCGAGCAGUAGUGAAAGUGACAGCGACAGCGACAGCGACGAUAAGGCUGGCAGCAAGAAGAAGCAGGAAAGUUCGAGUGAUUCGUCUUCGGAUUCAAGCAGCGACAGCGACUCUGAUAGCACAAGCUCGAGCGAUUCGUCUUCAUCCUCUUCCUCUUGAACUUCCAAUGCGUUGGCUCUACGAGCGAGCUGUUUUGUCAAAUCCCCUCUACGCUUCCGCUCGAGGUGGUUUCUUCAGCUACCUUUCUCGCACUAUGUCACAUUUUUACUAAAAGUUUUUAAGUAUUGCGUUCGAAAAAGUCUUAGCGAAAAGUUUGAUACCUGGUCUAAGGCAUAUGAAGGAGUUUGUCAGACUGAUGGCACAUUCACCGUUGUUUAAUUGCCAUUGUAUACCCAGUAUAUACGGAUAGAACAGUAC